GAUCUUUGGUAACUUGAUCGCCAAGAGCCAUCCAUUGACUAAGUGACCCUGCGACUGCUUUAUUAACUAGUAUAAAAUCCUCAAUAUCUCGUGCUUAUACCAGACCACCAAUUUCUUGCUUAGACUAAUCUUGUUUGUUUUGUACAAUGGCCAUUAAACCCGUGAAGUACUGUGUGGUGGAUGCGUUCACUGACGCAGCAUUCAAAGGGAACCCAGCAGCCGUUUGCUUACUAGAAGAAGACAAAGAUGACAAAUGGUUACAGUCCGUUGCUACUGAGUUCAAUAUAUCUGAAACUUGUUAUCUCACUUCACUUACCCAAUCCAAUGAACCCACAAAGGCUAACCCCAUAUUUGGCCUUCGUUGGUUCACUCCUGUUCAUGAGGUAGAUCUAUGUGGGCAUGCAACACUAGCAGCUGCACACUUUCUAUUUGCCUAUGGCUUGGUUAAAACUGAUACUGUUGAGUUUUCAACAAAAUCAGGAAUUUUAACUGCUAAAAAAGUUCAAGAAGCCAAAGCUCCAAGUUCUCAGGACGACUGGCCAACAGUUUACUCAAUUGAAUUGGACUUUCCUGUUGUAAAAGUAGCCGAGACCAAUUUUGCUGAUGUUCCUGCAAUUUCGAAAAGCUUGAAUGGUGCAUCUGUGGUUGAGAUGCUUGAGACAUCUAAGAGUGAUCUUUUUAUUCUACUCCCAUCAGGGGAGGCAGUGGUGGAAUGCCAACCUCAGAUUGAUCAAAUACAGAAUAUCCCUGGCAGAGGAAUAAUAAUAACAGGACCUGCUCCACAGGGUUCUGGCUUUGAUUUUUGUAGUCGCUUCUUCUGCCCAAAGUUCGGAAUCAAUGAGGAUCCUGUUUGUGGAAGUGCUCAUUGUGCCUUGGCUCCUUAUUGGCGUAAAAAGCUUGGCAAAUGUGACUUUGUUGCUUUAGCGGCCUCACCUAGAGGUGGCGUCGUGAAAGUGCAUCUUGACGAGGAGAAUCAAAGGGUAUUUCUGAGAGGGAAAGCUAUUACUGUCAUGGAAGGUUCUCUUCUAGUAUAAUGUAGCUAGGAGCGGACAUGAUAAAUUUAAUAAAUUGGUGGAAGUUUGUGUUUUCUUGAAUGAAAACACCACCAACAUUCUAAAAUCUCUAAAUUGGUUUUGGUUAUGUACUUCACUAUGGCUCUUGGAGCAUUUGUAAGUUUCCAGUGUGUUUAAACAUUUACUUCUGUAGUUCUGUGCUUUGCAUUUAUUAAUAACAUCUCCAUCUUUUCAAGCCAUUAUCUGA